AUGUCCGUUAGCUGAUCUAAUUUAGCGAAUUUACGGAAUAUGAAAUGGAUUUUAGGACACAAGGGAUACUUUCCCCAAGUUAAUUGACCGUCGCUUUCAAUAUGUGUUGUCUUUUAUUGUUAAUAUACAUCAAAUGAGAUACUGUCAGCUGCGUCUUGAAGCGUAAAAUGUGUGACUCAGACAGGUGAGAGAGAUGCAUCAUGGGCAGGAAUGGACCAAAGAGUCAGCCGUCAUGUCACAAAGCAGCCCGCAUCACUGUAGCCUCCUCCACCUGGAGCUGAGCCCCCGGUGGAGUGUGUGUGUGAAAGGGGACCCUGCCAGCCUCCAUGGCUCACUUGUCAGACCCAUCCCGCAGGGAGAAGACCCCUGGGUCCCAAGGGUCACAUACUGCCACACGCAACCUCUUGCGGAAGAAGGAGCAGCGCCGGCGCGGAAUCCGAUCCUCGUCGCCCAUGGGCCGGGUCAUCCUCAUCAACUCUCCUGUGGAUGGUGGAGAUGACAGCGAGGACCUCCAUACCAUCACAGUGGAUAAGAGUGUGGAUGGAAAGCUUGGCUUCAGUGUGCGCGGAGGCUCCGAACAUGGCCUCAGCAUCUUUGUCAGUAAGGUGGAGGACAACAGUACAGCAGAGGAGGCAGGCCUUCAAGUGGGGGAUAAAUUGGUGGAGGUGAACGGGAUCAGCCUGGAGAACAUCACCAUGAGCAGCGCUGUGAAGGUCCUGACGGGAAACAACCGGCUGAGGAUGGUGGUGAGACGUGUUGGCAAAGUCCCCGGCAUCCGCUUCUCCAAGGAGAAGACCACCUGGGUGGACUUGAUACACCGGCGUAUGGUGGUGGAGGAGAGUGGGCGGACACCUUCAGAGGCCAGCUCCGGCAGUGCCCUCCAAAGGAUUGUGCACCUUUACACCACCUCUGAUGAUUACUGCCUUGGCUUUAACAUCCGUGGGGGAAAGGAGUUUGGUCUGGGCAUCUACGUCUCCAAACUGGAUCCUGGUGGUCUGGCUGAGCAAAAUGGAAUAAAGAUGGGGGACCAGAUCCUGGCUGCCAAUGGUGUUAGCUUUGAGGACAUCAGCCACAGCAGUGCUGUGGAGGUGCUGAAGAGCCACACACACAUCAUGUUGACCAUCAAGGAAGCGGGACGAUACCCUGCCUAUAAGGAGAUGGUGGCAGAAUACAGGUGGCUCAAUAAGUUGUCCAAUGGCAAUCAGAAAUCUUCCUCCCAGGGUUCAGAAUCCAACUCCUCAGCCUCGUCUCUGUCGUCUGGGACUCCUGUCAGCUCUUUGAGCGGCCUGUCUCAGGUCAUGUUCCCUCCCAGCCUGCCAUUUGGCUUAGACAUGGUGGAUGUCAGCAUCUCCACUGAGGACCAGAGGUUUGAGUCUGAGCGAACAGAGACUGCCAUCCAGACAGACCUUCCUUCUCAGAGGAUGGGUGCAGAAACCACUCGUAGCCUGGGACCAACCACUCUGCUCAAAGACACAGUGAUCGGUGGAGAGGAGGGCAAGGGGAGCAGAGAGUCACCCAAGACAGCCAUGCUGCUGGCUCUUAGCAGGCCAAGUCGACCAAUCACUCGGUCACAGAGCCAAGUCACUGUGGCAGAAGCCACGCAGAAGAAAGACAAGAAGCAGAAAAAGAAGGACCCAGAGCAGAAGAGCACACUGCAGCGCUCAAAGACCUUUGUUAACUUGUUGUUCAAGGGUGGACACAAGAGAGACACGUCCAGGGGACGCUCCAAGUCCCCGUCUACAAAAGAAGGUCGAAAGCAAAUGCCAAAUUCAGAGAUGCUUGGAGUAGUGGAGGACAUGGCUCGUAGGCUGCUGACUGAGGAGGAGGUGUCUGCUGUGAUGACGUCAUGUCGACGGUACACAGCCGAGCGGUCAGUGGAGAACUUGAUACACCACCUGCUGGCCGUGCUGGACCGGCCCGAAAAACUGCUUCUGCUGAGGGAAGUCAGAAUGCUGCUUCCACCUCACGACCUGAAUGCAUUCAAUAACAUGGUGACUCCGAUAGAAGUCGAGGCCUAUGAUAUCCUCAAGUAUCGCUCAGUUCGAACUCCUCCUCUUCGCUCUCCCAUGUCUGGUCGAGCACCCAAACGACGCCUCAUCACUCCCAUCCCAGAUUACAAAGGAGGCUUUGAGCUACACAGUGCUGAGGAGGUGGAGAAGGAGAGCCAUCUACUGGGGGAGCUGGAGAAGCUCAGUCUAUCUGGAACCCAUCGGACCAGGCAGCGGCUGCACACUACUUCCACAUCCUUUACUCCUCUGCUGGACAUACCUGUGGACGGAUACAACACAGAGUUCAAAGAACUUGGAUCCCGCUCCGCGAGCACCAUGCUCCCCAACUGGCUGCUGGCCCGGAGCAAUGACUCCCACCCUCCUCUCCGAACAGACAUCGGCACCAUUCGCUCUGUGCACUUUGACGAAGUGUCACUGCACUCUUCCUCAGACAGGGCCGACUCAGAGAGAGGACGCUCCCCAUUCAGAAAUGGUCACUCUAAAAGCAAAAAGGAGAAACGCGGAGAGAGGAGUAAAGAGACGGUGUUCACGCUGCAGAGUGCCGCUCACAGGAGUCGGCCCGCGUUGUCGCAGGUGUUUGGUUCGAGUCCACAUCAGCAGGUCGGGGGUGAACACGUGAACAGCCAUCAAGCGUCUUCUGAGAAUGGACUCAACGGUUCGGUCACUGUGUGGGAGUUUGAGCUCAAAACUGUCACCAUCUCCAAGACCAAACAGUCACUGGGAAUCAGUAUAUCUGGAGGGAUGGAGUCGAAGAUUCAGCCAGUGGUGAAGAUCGAGAAAAUCUUCCCUGGAGGAGCUGCCUCCACCUGUGAAGUGCUCAAGGCUGGAUUUGAGUUGGUGUCUGUGGAUGGAGUUACCUUACAAGGUGUUACACAUCAGCAUGCCGUGGACAUCAUCCGAAAAGCCUUCAGCAACAAGGCCAAAGACCCCAUGGUGUUUGUGGUCAAAGUCCCUAAAAACAUUUAAAGAGACUGCUCAUCGUGAAUGUGGAUCGUCUCUGGUGAUUUUAACAGAGGCAGGAAAACCUGAGCACGGCUGAGGUCAGGUAUGUUUUUAUUGCCAUUCAUUUUAACGCGAUGACAUGGACACCAUGGCUGUGGAGAACGAGAGGAAUCUUGUCAUGUACGAGAAAACGGCAAAAGAUAUCCUCACAAACACUCGAUCAUGAUAAAUGUUGCUCCUGACGCCUUGAUGUCACUUCGUCAAAACCCAGGAGCCAAGAUCAUCGCUUUCAUUUUACAUUUUAUGUUGUAAAAACAUUAAUAAGCGUAUCGAAAGAUGUGUUUUCAGCAAUGUCUGAGCUCUUUAAUUAAAAAAGAAAUUGCAGGAUAACAAACUGUAACUUGAGUGCCUUCAAAAACACUGCAGACUGUU